AUAUUAAAUGUUUUAUUGCAAAUUUAUUUAACAUGUUUUUAUGUUUAAAUAUGUUUUCUUUUAAUAUAAAUUUGUAGUAAAUGCAAUGCUAGAUAUGAGUUGAUAUAAAUUUGUCGUUGUAGUGUAUAUAGUAAUGUGUGUAUAUACAACUCAUUUCAUUCAGUUAAUUAUUUAUUUAUAUAUAACUAUGGAAUGUGUGAAUGUCAUUAACAGCCGCUUCGUGGUCAGGUGUGUGGCGCAGGUAAAAUUCAGCCAAUCAGAAAGCGCGAUGGGUCAAACCUGGCGGGGUAGUUUAUUUAAUCAGGAAGUAAUUUACAUACACGGCGCGAAAUUCGAGCGUGUUGUUGCGCGGCUGCUGUUUGCGACUUGUUCGUGAGUAAACGGGAUGAACACAACUUGUUACUCAAUAUCAGCUGACACACACACACACACACACACACAGACACACACACACUCUCACACACUCUCACACGCUGAUGUUUAUGCGUAGGAAGCAUCUGUUGAUCUUUCACUUUCAGUUUGAAAUCACAGUGUUAGUGGAUUGACUUAAAAGUAUAAAUUAAUAAGUUAUUUUAACUUGUUGGUUACAUGAUGGAACUUGUUCUUUAGAAGUGAAAGUCAACAAAGAGUUAAUAAUGGUCUAAAAUCAGACUGGAUAUUUGUGGGCCUUCCUCCUUCAGAGGUUGAUGCUUUAAUUGGCUACAUGCAUGUUAAUUAUCCCUUUUAUCUUCCUGAAGAGAAUUAAACGGAGGACUAUUAAUGCUAGUAAGUAUUUUUGGUCUCUAAGUGAAGUCUAAUUCACCUAGAAUCCUUUGCCAAACUACAGGCCCCAAGAAAGAUGGCGUUGUUUGAGGAGAUCAGCCAGCAGCUGGAUUUCUCUAGCUGUGGAGAGGAGGCCAACAGCAGCGACAACAGCUCUGAUGACUUCACCCCCAGCCUGCGCAGUCCAAGGAUCUGCAGUCCUGGAAUCCGCAGUCCAAGGAAUUUGAGUCCCAGAAUCCGCAGUCCCAGCUUCCGCAGUCCCAGAAUCCGCAGUCCCAGCAUCCGCAGUCCCAGAAUCCACAGUCCCAGCUCGGCAUGCCGGACACCCCGGGUGCAACGCCACCGCGGCAGGAGCCACGACUUGUCUUCUCCUUUCCAGUGCACCAGCCCCAUACCUUACGCCUCCUGGAAUAAGCUUAGGCUCUGUGACUCCCCCAGCACGCCAAAGAGUCUGCUCUCGAAGUCGUCUCAGCCUUGCUCUAGCUCUAAGAUAAGUUGCAAACAGAGGAGCUUCCAUUUCCCCUCGGCUGCAGCAAACCUCCUCCAGGCGCCCUCGGUCAACGUUAAUCCCUUCACCCCUGACACUGUACGCAGGAACAGUGAGCAGCAGUGGAGGAGCAGCUCCAGGAGCGAUGAAGAUGACGACUAUGGACACAGGAUGAAACACAGCCUAACGUCAUCUGAGGAGGACGAUGAGGCCUUCCUCCCACGAAAGAGACGUGCCAUCCAAACCCUCAUGCUGUCACGUUAUGAGGGCGAGUUCCUGGAGCUGGAGUGCAUCGGCGUGGGCGAGUUUGGGGCCGUGUACAAGUGUGUGAAGAGGCUGGACGGUUGCUGGUACGCCAUAAAACGCUCUCGGCAACCCCUCGCAGGCUCCGCCAAUGAGCAGCUGGCCCUGAAGGAGGUCUAUGCACACGCUGUUCUGGGGCACCACCCACAUGUUGUUCGUUAUUAUUCAGCAUGGGCUGAGGACGAUCACAUGAUUAUACAGAAUGAAUACUGUGAUGGUGGAAGCCUCGGUGAUGCCAUUGUGAAGAAGCGGCUGCAGUGUGAGCUGUUCUCAGAGGCCGAGCUGAAAGAUCUGCUCUUACAAGUGUCCAUGGGUCUGAAGUACAUCCACAGCACAGGCCUGGUGCACUUGGACAUCAAGCCAGGUAAUAUAUUUAUUUGCCAGCGUCCCUGCCCCACCGCGGCAGGCGAGGGGGAGAGUGAGGAGGAAGAUGACAGGAGCGCUCCCGCAGGGGUCAUUUUCAAAAUUGGGGAUCUGGGUCACGUGACAUCAACCAGCAAUCCUCAAGUUGAGGAAGGGGAUAGCCGCUUUCUGGCCAGUGAGGUCCUGCAUGAGGAUUACAGCCACCUCCCCAAGGCGGACAUCUUUGCUCUGGGCCUCACGGUGCUGCUCGCAGCUGGGGCUCCUCCUCUGCCUCAGAACGGAGCUGAGUGGCACAGCCUUCGAGAGGGGAAGCUGCCGGAGCUGGCGCAGGAGCUCUCACCUGCCUUCAGAGGCCUCAUACAGUUGUUACUGGAUCCAGACCAGAGGAAGCGGCCAUCUGCCAGGGAGCUUUGCAAGCACCCAGUGUUGAGGGAUGAGAGGACUGGGAGGCUGGCCACUCAGCUGCGUAGAGAGCUCAACGUGGAGAAGUUCAGGACGGCCAUGCUUGAGAAAGAGCUCCAGGAAGCUCGUCAGGCAGCACUGUCCCCCAAGCAGAGCCUCCCUCCUGGGCUGAAGGCUCAUGCCAAGAUGGGCUCUCUACCCAAAUCAGGGAGGAGACUUGUUGGUCGGAGCACGGCUCGAUCUAUAAGCUACGAUGUCUCUGGAUAUGGAAUAUGAUGGGGGGGAGUGAAGCCCAUGUAUCACCUUCUGAAACAAGAUGGUGGUAUAAAUGCAGAAUGUCAAAGUGAGGCCCGUACGAGCUUAUCUGUUCCAGACGGGGCACUGGAAAAGACAAUCAUGGAUGGACGACUGGUGCAACUGAAAGUCUGGAGGAUGUUGGACAGCAUCAGUUUGACACAGAUUAAUCCUUUCAAACGUCAAGUGAUAAGUUUCAACAUCAUGUAUCUGCUGAAGACCAAUGUCGAGGUCUUGUUUUUUUAUUUUUUUUAAACUGUAAAUAAAACUUUAAACCAUUUUUAUCA